AUGUUAAUUGAAUCUCCGAUAUCCAAUAUAAACGAUGUCACUUUUAAAUCGAACAAAGAUAGUACUACUGUUACGCAAGUUGAUCUAAAAUUCACUCACACUAUCAAUUCUAACGCUAGUGCCACACUUCAGCAAGUUAAUAGCACACAAAUGAACGAUACCGAUGCCAAUGACGCGAAAGCUGAUAAUAUGCAAACUGAUAAUCGGGCCGAUGAUACUCAACUUAACGAUAAUGAUACUAAACUUAACGUUAAUGAUGAUACUAAACUUAAUGAUUCACUGGCUGAUGAUACUAAACUUAAUGAUUCAUUGGCUGAUGAUACUAAACUUAGUAACACGCAGGUUGAAGAUACUAAACUUAAUGACACGCAGGUUGAUAAUACUCAACUUAAUGAUACGCAGGAUGAUAGUAUUCAACUUAAUGAUAUGCAGGUUGAUACGCAGGCUGAUACGCAGGUUGAUACGCAGGCUGAGGUUGAUACACAGGUUGAUACGCAGGUUGAUACGCAAGUUAGCGAUGCUCAAAAUAAUGAUACGGAGACUGUUAAUACGCAGAUUGAUGAAAUUCAGCUUAAUGCGCAAGCUAACAACACACAACAUACACAAGAUACUCUAAAUGAUACACGGCUUAAUGCUGUAAUAAUCGUUCUUGUUCGAAAUUCUGAAUUACACCAAUUACGAAAAACUAUGAGAUCUUUUGAAGAUAGAUGGAAUAAAAAAUUUAAUUAUCCUUAUGUAUUUCUAAAUGAUCAGGAGUUUACUGAUGAAUUUAAAACUAUGACAAGUGCCCUUACAAAUGCUAAUACUUCUUAUGGUUUAAUACCAAAACACAUGUGGGACUAUCCAUCAUGGAUAGACCAGCAAAGAGCUGCCGAUACUCGUAGAGAGAUGGGCUUCAGGCGUAUCUUGUAUGGUGAUUCAGAAUCUUACCGCCAUAUGUGUCGUUUCAAUUCCGGUUUUUUCUUUCGUCACGAACUCAUAGAAAAAUAUGAUUAUUACUGGAGAUUAGAACCUGGCGUUGAUUUUACUUGCGAUAUCGACUACGACGCUUUCAAAUUCAUUAAAGAGAACAAUAUUACUUAUGGUUUUAUUAUUUCGCUUUUAGAAAUAACUGAGACCAUCCCUACUCUAUGGAAAACUGUAAUUGAUUUCUUAUAUAAAUAUCCUCAGUAUAUUUCUGAUGAUAAUUUUGCUAGUUUUAUAACCCGGGAUAGCAUGGCUACUUAUAAUGG